CAGGAAGAUUGUACGAUGAAAAUGCAAAGCAAUACAAGUUGCAGUGGCAGUUAUGAAGGCUAUCUGGAGUCCAGUGAAUCUAGGUAAUCUUCAGGUCUCCCGUCAUGAUGAACGCUACGACGGCGUCUUUUACUCUGUCCAAUGUUACUAAUGACACUGCAGAGCCUGCCGGGGGACCCAUCACCUGGAGGAUGGCCAUGAUCACUCUGAUAACCGUCCCGCUCUCAGUCAUCACCAUCAUAGGCAACAUCCUGGUCAUCGUCUCCUUUAGGGUUAACCCGCUCCUCAGGACGGUCAGUAACUACUUUCUGUUGAGCUUGGCUGUAGCUGACCUCAUCCUGGGCACCAUCUCGAUGAACCUCUACACCACCUACAUUCUGCUUGGCCGCUGGACGCUUGGGAAUCUGGCCUGUGACGUCUGGUUGGCCGUGGAUUACGUGGCCAGCAACGCCUCAGUUAUGAAUCUGCUGGCGAUCAGCUUUGACCGCUACUUGUCUGUCACGCGACCUCUGACCUAUCGGGCCAGUCGGACCACCAAACGAGCGGCUCUGAUGAUCAGCCUGGCGUGGGGCGUGUCCUUCAUACUCUGGGCUCCAGCCAUCUUGUUCUGGCAGCACAUAGUGGGCGAGAGGACAGUGGCAGAAGAUCAGUGUUCAAUCCAGUUCUUGUCUGAACCUGUGAUCACGUUCGGGACGGCCAUUGCUGCUUUCUACCUGCCGGUCUGUGUGAUGGUGGCCCUGUACUGGAAGGUUUACAGAGAGACAGAGAAACGCUCGCAGCAGCUGGCAGGGCUGAUGGCAUCUCGAGGAGGAGAUACCAAGAAGUCAUCACUGAGAUCCUCUGAUCAGCAGCUCCAGCCUGGGCUUGAGGGAACCGUUCAGCCGAAUCCCGAACCAAGAAGCCUCUGUCCCUCCAUCACCCACUGCACAGCUGCAUGGUGGAAGAAGAAAAGAGAGAGCUACAUCAGACCUCCCUCACACACCGCCCCCACAACCAGCCACCCACAGACUGACGCCAACGGCAGCCUCAGCAAUAAAGAUGAGGAGAAGUUCACCGCCUACAUUCCUCUAGUUCGGAUUAACAAGAGACUGGAUUCUGUGAACUGCGAUUCAGACAUGGACUCGGACGUCCAUGUGGCAGACUGUCAGUCAGAUAGCCAGCAGUCUGUAGGCUCCUGCCAGAGUGAGGACACACCGGGUUCUUCUCUUUCACAGACAAGAGCCCAGAGAAGCCGAAAGCCCCGCAGCUGGUCUCUGGUCAGAGAGAAGAAAGCGGCUCGGACCCUGAGUGCCAUACUCCUGGCCUUCAUAGUCACAUGGACGCCCUACAAUAUCAUGGUGCUGGUGUCCACCUUCUGUGAUGACUGUGUUCCUGAGGGACUGUGGCAGCUGGGGUACUGGCUCUGCUAUGUCAACAGCACGGUGAACCCUGUCUGCUAUGCACUCUGUAAUAAGCAGUUCCGGGUCACAUUUAAGGCCCUGCUGCUCUGCAGGUGGAAGGAACUGAGGAGAGGGACUAGGUGGGCUAUGUCACGGGGCAGCUAGCCUUUGGGGACAAUAUCUGUAAAGCUAUGGAGUUUUUAUUGCUAGCGUAAUAGCUAGAGAUGGCUCUGAUCUGAUUCUCAAUAUCGGUAUUGGGAGACGAUCGGAAUCAGUUUUGGGACUGUUGGACAUCGGUGGUGACAUCAGUGGAACACCAAUCUGAUUUCACAAUGAAACAGCCCUAAAUCACAGAAUAACAUGUGAUGAUAAUGCUGCUUUCAAGUGCUCAACACAGAGUUCAUGCAUGUCAGAUGAUCUGCCCAUCAAACUUGGAGAUCUGUAGAAUAUCUACUAAAACUAUCUAAAACGAUGGCAAAAAGUUUUCCACACACACUGAGAAAUAUCAAACGCAGGGCUCCUAGUGUUCCAGCGGGCUAAGUGCUGCCACUAUAAUCAGGAGAUUGUCGGUUUGAAUCCUGUUCAUGUAGCUUGCCAUCGGCCACCGGAGCCCUGAAUAAGCACAAUUGGCCUUGCUCUCUCUGGGUGGAUAGAUGGAGCUCUCUCCCCACAUCACUCCAAAGGGAGAUGUCCACAGCUCAAGACGUCUGUGAGCUGAUGUAUCAGAACUGAGUCACUGUGCUUUCCUCCGAGCGCGCUGUGAUGCUACUCGGCAAUACUGCAUCAGCCGCAGUUCAAAAAGAGGUAGUUGCUGACAUGUAUCAGAGGAGGAAUGUGCUAGUCUUCACCCUCCUGGUGUUGGGGCAUCACUAAUGCAACACUGGUGUUGGGGAGUCCUAAUGAGUAGGUUUGGUAUUUGGCCAGGUAAAUUGGGGAGAAAAUGGGAAAAAUAUAGAAAUGAAAUUAUAUAAAAAAAUAAAUAUCUAACGCAAUAAAUGCAUAUUAGUCAAUUAAACAUUGGAAUGUAUUUACAUAAAAAUAUGAUUGAGAACUUAGUUUAAAAACAUACAGAACCACUCAAAGUGAAAUUAUGAAAUAACAGAAUUUUGGGAGAAGGGCUACGCACUAACUUCUAAUCCCCCUCCCCAUAUAUAUCCUCUCAUCUCACGUCUUUGUAUGUUGAACUACAUCACUCCCGCCUCCACUCCGUCUCCUCCGUUCUAUAUAUACUUAAACCACAUGGAGGCUCCGUGCAAACUCCAUUACAAACUACUUCUGAGUUGGAAUCCCCAUGCUGCUAUAUGAUGUGGUUCUAAUCCGUAAGAGCAGCAGUCUUGUGAAAAUAACAGUAGCCACAUGUAGCCUUACAUUAAUAUUAAGCUCACAAUGGCCUUGUAAGUCCGGGCAGUAGCCUUAUUGGUGAGUACCAACACUCUUAACACCAAGGGCUCUAUUUUAGAGAUCUAUGGGUGAGCCAUCAACCGUGCAGCGUGUUGUUGGUAUUAUAAGGACGCAAAAAAUAUGCCUUGUGUGGCUCAAAAUGCGCAAAAGGCAUAAACUAAUUCUCUUAAUGAAUCAUGUGUGUAAAAGUAUCCUGGUGUACUUUGCAUCAGAGCUGUCUGAGUUCAUUUGUACUUAUUUUUACAUUUACUGUGUAAUUUAUUUGUAUAAGGGCUAUUAGUUCAUCUGCUGCUAACAUCUGCAUUGUUCCAAACCUCUUUUGGCCUUGUGGUCUGAGGUCCUUUUAAUCGGCUGGUGGCCACAGGCCUUUUUGGUUCUGUAAACAAUUAUUUCCUGAUGAUAUUCAGCUAGUUAGAUUAUUUUUUAUUUUACAGUUGGUGCCAUGUCCUUUUAAUGACUUUAGUAAGAAACAAGUGGAUAAGCAUUUCACAAACAAGAUCCCAUAAUAGGAGUUUUUUUUCUGAGAGAAAAACCCUUUGAAAACCCUUACUGUUGUUCCCUGUGGUAAACAAUGAUGCUCCACAUAUGAUUUUGCUGCACAUGUAUUUUCUUGCCUGAAUGUCAGUGGAGCAUCUGAAUGAUUACUUUUUUUACCACAUAAAACCUACUGUUAAAUUUGGAUACUCCAACUGUAGCUACAAUAGCUAAAGCUACUCAGCACUUGACCUAGCUUUUAAAGUAUUUUAGUGAGGCUGCCGGAUUUAUACUGGCAGUUCAGUGGCCAGCACUGUUAGCAUGCAUGUUAGCAACAUUUGUAUUUUCAUUUUUCAUAAACGUGCUUGUAGUUAAAAACUGCUACUAAAGAAGUUUGUUCAUUAAAACACAAGAGGAAGCUGCAGUUAUGUAAGUUGUGUGCAGAUAACUGAUUAACGAUUUUAAAGGGUAAAACAUGAUAAGUGCUUAACAUGCUACUUACUGGUCUUGUGCGAGGAACCGCAACUGUAAAUAAGACGGCCUCCGACUGAACAGACAUUCCUAUAAAGACUUUAGAACCAGUCCAUUUCACAGACUUCUUUACUGACUCAUAUAUCAGCUUCUAUCAGGACCAGUUUGGGUCUUUGCUUCAAAAGAAGAGAUUUUUACUCAAACACAAAUGAGUUUGAACAGUGUCCAUUGUCUGGAUAGCUUAAAUUAGUUAAAAACAUUAAGCUGUAUUUAAGCAUCUGAUCAACAGCACUUAAACAAGAGGGGGGUUAAAGACCCUGGACCUGGUCAUAUGUCCUAAAAGGACUAAUUUAUAUUUUUUUUAACACUACUUUGAGUCAUUUUGAGAUAUGUUUUUUUUUCUAUAUUUACAGGUUUUUCAUAGUGUAUUUCUAAAUUAAUAGCAGUAACAUUUGGUGUUUUAAAAAUGUAAAACUAUUAAUACUUUGAUGUGUUACAUGUAUAUUUAUUGAGAAAUGGGCGAUACUAUUAAAAAAAAAAAGAAAAAAAAAAAAGACAA